CGAUUUUGUUUCAUCGCCUCCUAUCCGUCGCCAGGGGUAACGCACAGGGCGUAAAAUAAGCAGCAGCGCGCUGGCAUUCUGCAACAGCACUUCUUUCGUACCGAUGAUGGUAGUGUGGAACUAGAGAACCAUUUGUUUUGUACUGCAAAACAUUCAAAUUCAUCGUUCCGAAUGGAUCGGACCAGCUCCCAGCAGCGCAAAAAGCGCCGUGAAUCGAAGCGCAAGUCGGGCGAUAAAAAGAAACCCAAACCGAACCGUUCGGAGGAAAGUUUACAUCCCAGCUACACUAAUCUGCAGCCUCCAUACUCGGCCAUUUGUCGCCAACGGUAUCACGCAAACAAUGUGCUGUAUGAGCAACAGUUCAACUACGAGCUGAAAAUGCUGGAGCUGAUGCAAAAUUCGGCCUACGAUUCGAUGCGGUUCCAUCGCCAUUUUGCCAUCACGACGCUCUGGCCACCGUUGCACACGCGCAAGGAGAUUGAGUUUGUGUUGGAUACAUUUUUCCGCCAUCCGGAGCGACAGACACGCCGUCUGCAUGAAAUUAUGAAAGGUCCUGUCCACUAAAGGUUGCAAGAGCCGUUGUUAGCCACGUUGUUGUUAGGACAGUGUAAUAGAGAGCGUUUAAUUUGGAGCUUUCAUGAGUAAACUAUAAUCCGUAAAUGCUAAAAGAAAACUAGUUUUUGUGUUCGUACUAUCAUUCCAAACUAUUUGUUUCAACAUUUAUUAUCAGUUUAUACUCAGCGGAUGUUGGCCUAUUGCAUUGUCUAUUGAACUGUACUGUACGGUACGGUGUACACCAAGCGUGUUUUCUAGUUGAAAGUGAUCUUUACAGGGGUUUCCAGGAGUUCUCAUAGCUGUGGGAUACUUUCCUACGAGAAAUAAACUUAAUGUAAUGGGAAUUGAACUGUAUAGCACCCUUGUUGAAUAAAUCUAGCAGGAAUUUCCAAGGAGCCUGUCCAAAACGGGUACCAUGGAGUCCAAUUUCCAAUAUAUAAAGAUCACUUCCAAUAGGAAAGAGUCAUGGAAGUGUCCCACAACUAUGAAAACCCCUGGAAAACCCUGUAAAGUGAGCUUAUGUUGUCAACUGGACUGGAAGAAAUAUGCACAAUCGAGAAACUAUUUUAAUUCGAGAAUUAUUUGGCUCUUUUCGGAACAUUUUCCCUAUUUCCUAUUUAAUUGUUUGUUUGUUUUUUUUUCUAAUUUAAUUAUCGAUGGGCUACAUUGGUAUUGGGGUGGAAUUUAUCAUUUUGAUAUUUUUGUAUCAAAUUUGGGUUGUUUUACUAAUGAUUUAGUUGUUUCCCAAUUCCCUCCUUAUCAUUUUUUGUUUCAUCCAAGUGUUUUGUUUGUAAUGUUUACCCGAUAUGCCACUAGUGCCUGUACGUGUGUUUGUUUUCUCUGUUUUCUAAGCUGAGCAAAUAUGGGGGAUCGUUUGUUUAAUUUGUUGCAGCAUUUAGCGCAACAAAACCUUUUUCUAUUCCAUUCUACUCUAUUAAGGUGGGUUUAAUGUUACUAUUAUCGAGUAUUUUUUAUGUAGCAUUCAAGAGAGACAUUUGUUGGAUUAUUCGUUAGAUGGAUGAAGAAGUCAGUUGAUGAAGCUAACCACUACGAAAUGGUACUGUGUUUUGGCUUCGAGUUGUUUUUGUUUUAGUGUUUGGUAUAUGUUAAUGUAUCCAUAUAGCCUUUUGCCUAACGA